AUGGGACUUCUGGAUCUUCCCUCGGAGAUUGUAUUAUUGGUUUACCAGCGGCUGGAUUCAACAAGGGAAGUUUAUUACUUCUCACAAUCAUGCAUGUACGCCUACAAUGUCUUCGGUGUUCCUCAUAACCGAGACAAGAUCUUCCGAUCAACCCUAAAUAAUAUGCUUAGUGCUGCAGCACCAAACCGAGCCUGGCUGGAAGCCUGCUUUGGGGCAAACACGCUAUGGAAACCUACGGCCAGUCUUGACGGCCUGGUCCAUGAUCGUACUCGAGAGUUUCUUUUGAAUGUUGGCUUCCCUGCCUUCAAGCUACCUGGCAUAACUUUCGAAUCUAUACACUUAACACAACAUGCACACUACAUUCUUACCGAUGAGAAUGAACUUGAAAUGCACCAAACACCGUCCUGUUCGCUAGCUCAGUGCACUGAUAUCUAUUUCCAUAUCGGAACUGUCAAUGACUGCAUGGUAAUGGUCGACGGGGUGGACGGUGAUGUAUGGCUUUAUGAACCAGAUUACCUCCGGUACGGUGGAGCCGGCUUCUAUUUAUAUGAUUGCCCUUGGCGUAAUACAGUUGCAUGGUCGUUGGAUAGCUUGGCGAUGCUGCUUGGGAUGGUGGCAGCUGUGGUGCAGGAUCUGAGCGACACUCCUUGGGGGCCAUCUUCAUGGGGCUUUGAAGCACGUAAGUGUAUGCUUGACGCGUUAAGAGAACGGAUCAAUGAGUGCGACUAUGUGGUCGCUGAGGAUAUUUCAGGUUUUUGGGGUGACUUGUUUCAGAAUUUGAUGGAGGAGUGA